AUGAGCUUCUCAAUGGUGCAUUCAUUUGAUGAUAUUCCACCAGAUGCAGGUGAGCUGACUGGUGAUCCCCGUCUACAGACAUUUGGUGCCUCCUCGACCAGCUGCCUAGAACCCAAAAAACGCAUUUUUAAACCCUUUCCGUUGGAAAACAUCCGUAACGUGAGUAUUAUUGCACACGUGGACCAUGGUAAGACUACGCUGACGGACGCACUGCUACACAAGGCAGAGGUGUUACCAGCUGAUGGGGAAACGGGUACAUUUACUGAUCGCUUGAGGGUAGAACGAGAACGCGGUAUUACUGUGAAAGCUCAGACCUGCUCAGUUUUCCUCAAGCGGCGUCGCAGUCCUCAUGUAGAACCCUCCCUUAAGCAUCUCAGCGAUGGAAACGAGGCUCAAGAUCAAUGCAAAGAAGGCAGUGCAGAUUCGGAAGUUUUUUUAAUCAAUCUUAUCGAUACGCCCGGUCACAUAGACUUUCAGUAUGAAGUCUCCCGAAGUCUGUAUGCUUCUGAGGGGGUUGCGUUGCUUGUGGAUGUGAAUCAAGGCGUGCAGGCUCAGACUAUGACACAUUUUCUUACUGCACUCGAGCAGGGCCUCGGCGUGAUUCCAGUCUUAACAAAGAUGGAUCAAGUGAUGAGUAGCAGUGUCGUAGAACGGACCCUCACACAGCUAGAGGACAGCACUGGGCUACUGCGCCGCGAGGUGAUCUUCACCAGUGCAAAGGGGAAAAGAGGCCUAGAGGCGUUUUUCCAGAGUAUUAUUGAACGAGUACCUGCCCCACGUGGUCUGUAUGGUCUAUCGGAUAUGAAGCAACUUCCCCCGAUGCACCCAGAUGGCGAGGAGCAAAGGCUUGCGGCAGAGGCCCUCGUGCCGCUGCGGGCCCUUCUCUUCGAUUGCUGGACCGUGGAAAGCGGUGGGAUGAACGGUAAACGCUUUGGUGCCAGUUUAGAUGAAUCCAGUCCUCUUCUCGGGGGCGGCGCCGUUGAAAGGAACGGCAUUUACUGUUUGGUGCGCGUUAUAGACGGCACGGUAACACCCGGUACGGUCGUCACGUUCUUUCACUCGCGUAAAACAUACAAGGUGGCGAGCGUGGGGAUCAUUCACCCAACCUUGCACCCAAUGCCCGCCUUGACUACAGGCAUGGUAGGCUACCUCUUUUUCCCUGAGCUACGUCGAGGAGAGGUGCUCAUCGGGGAUACCUUCUGUACGGUACCAACCCGGCGCUAUCGGCUGGCGGCGCACCCGGUCAACGAUGCCAAAUCCCCCACCUCCCCGGCGGAGACAAAGGACCCCAAGCGACGAACCCACGACGACGAAACCGCACUCGAGAGUGGCGAUACCCAAUCGUGUUCGACAAAGGGACCGGCCAUCGUACACCCCAUUCCUGGCUUUAAAACGGCCCAACCCGCGGUCUUCGCGAGUUUUUACCCCGACGAGGGGGUCCGCAUCGAGUCACUCCGAGAGGCGGUGGAGCUGCUCUGCGUGAACGACCCCGCCGUGACGGUGGAGGCAGUGCACUGCCAGACCCUCGGGCCGGGCCUGCAGCUCGGCUUCCUCGGGCUCCUCCACCUGCAGGUCUUUAAGGAACGCCUGCUUGACGAGUUCGGCCAGGCCGUGCUGGUCACCCCGCCACAGGUCCAGUACCAGUGCGUGCGACAUGGGGGCGACCCGGCGGAUUUGCGGCAACGAUCCCCCCUCACCGUCGCGAGCUGGAGGUGGCCGCAUGAAGGGGUGAAGGCCUACUUGGAGCCCGUGGUGCACGUCACCGUCACUACGCCAAAGGAUUCUCUCUCUGAAAUCAACUCUGCCGCCCUAUCGGACUACCGUGCGGAACAAGAGGACACACAGGCGGUUGACGACACUCGUGUGCUUGUACGUUACCAAAUGCCCCUCGCCGAACUCGCGCGAGGUUUUUUUUCUCUGGUGAGGAGUAUCUCAAAGGGACAUGCUACACUCGAAUAUGAUGAUCCCGUGUACGUGUGCACGGAUCUCGUGAAGGUGGAUAUUCUCAUUAACAAAGCCAAGAUAUCCGCACUUUCCUUUAUCUGCCUGCCGCAAGAGGCCCACAUCCGAGGUCGCCGCAUCCUCAGUAUUCUCAAAGAACACAUUAACCGGUCGUCGACCGAUUUACCGCUUCAGGCCGUCAUUGGUAACAAAAUUAUUGCGCGGGAAACCAUCAAGGCCUACCGCAAGGACGUGACCGCCAAGAUUCACGCUGGUGAUAUCACCCGAAAACAAAAGAAGUGGAACGAUCAGAAGAAAGGUAAGGAACGUAUGGCAAGGCGGAGAUUUGGGACAGUGACGCUUGAGCAGAGUGUGUUGGCGGCCGCGAUGGGUGCAACAUCUGUUUGA